AUGACGAUGUGCUUCACGGAUGAUCGUCGUCAGGCUGCGAGAAUUCUAGUGCAAAUUCGCGACCACGGAACAGGCAACCGUGGUGAAUCGCUGAUCUUAUUUGAUCCACUCGUCCCUGGUUUCGAAAUUGUUCCACUGAGACCGGUGUUCAAUUCCCGUACUAAAUACAUUCAAAUUACGACGCACCCAGUCAGCACUCCCCUUGGCUCAGAAUUGAAUGUUACAUUCAAGUGCCUUGGCGAUACAAAGCGACCACCCAUUCACCUGCAGACUACAGUUGGUGAAGUGCUUAGCGUUGAGAACCCAACGAAUUGGAAUAAGUGUAGCCUGAUAAUGGUAGAGGUGAGUCCUAACAUCAAAAUAGCACUGAAAUAUCACUUUCAUUUUAUGUUCAAGGCAGUGCGAAAUGUUGGCAAAAUGGUCUCCCGAACAAAGGUUUUACUACUUCCAAACAUGGAAGGAGUGACGUCAUUAGAGCCAUCUUGGAUUGAAGUUCCCUCUCUUCGUGGGUCGUACUCUGUUGGAGAUCGUCUCCAGGCUACUGUACCAAAGCGUGUGGCACGAUCGCUGAACUAUUUGGUAAUCUGCAAUUCCCGAUCGAUAGUAACAACAGGACAAGUGCGAGGGGGGUGCAGAGAUGAUGGAGCUCUAAUAAUAAAGGUGACAAGCGCCAUGGUUGGACAUUGUGCACUUUUCGUAUAUUCGAUGGAUGCCAAAGCUACAGCCGAUAUGGUCCAGUUCCAUGUUAAGGAUCGAUGCGAGGUUUCGCUAUUUUCUUCGCGGGACAACAUAAAGCCAGGAUCGACCGUCACAAUAACGAUGAAUGGGGAACCACAUGGUAUCGCAUUCCUUAGAGCAAUAGACGAUCGCUUGACGACACUGAAAACGGUAUCCGAUGCAAUGAGCAUGGGGUUCUGGGACUUUGGAGCUCUCUAUCGCCCCGGACUGAGAGAAGAACAUGCAAAACUAAUCAAUCUUUUCUCACCUAAUGAUGUGAAGAAAGCACUAGAGAAAACAUGUUCUUCGGCGGCUACUUACUACGUUCAACAAUAUGGACAUUGCCCUGAAGUAAAAAUAUCGUCAUCAGCUCUUUCGAACUAUUGCAGUAGCAUAAUGACCUCUACUUGCAUGAAUUCCAAAGAGCUGAAAGGUGAGUGCACUUGA